AUGUAUGUGAGCGAGACAAACGAAAUGGCGCAGAAGGAAGCAGAAAUAGAGAAACUGAAAGCAGAGAUAGAAGAAUUCAAGAGAGAAGCGCGGGAGCUCAGAAUCAUCAACAGAAACGUGAUAUACCGGGCUGCCGUCGAGGACCAGAAUUUCAAGGACACAACAAAAUACCUGCGCAAGUUUGAAAGCCAGUUGAAGAGAACACAGAUGCUUACGGCCAAAGCCGAAGGUAUUGACGAUGAUCUUGUUGUGGCGUACCGGAAGGAGAAAGAGAAGUUGAAGGAGGCUCAGGAAUCAGCCGAAAGGUUACAGAAGCUGAACGACAUGCACAAAGAAAAUCUCGAGUUCGUAAACAAGUACUUGAAGUCAUACUUUGAAGAAUACGGCAUGAUUAAUGGUGGGGAAGAUUUAAUACCUUCAGAUGUUCUUAAGGAAAUAUUACAUGAAAGGUCUGCCGUUUUAUCACAUUGUCGUAUCGACGACCAUGAUGAUGAUGACGACAUCGUGUUCUCCACACGAACGGACAAUGCACCAGCUCCAAUCAAUUGUACUCGGGACAGUGAUACAAACGGACGUGAAUCACCCAUAGCAACGGUCAAAGCUACCGAAACUAAUGAACCAGAAAUCGAUACGUCUCCCAAACUGGAAGGCGCGUUGGGGAGUCUAAAGACAAAUUCAACUGUAUUUUUGUCACGCAUACAUGGGGCACAUGAACUUAAACGAAAAGGGGAAGAACCAAAUACUGCUCUGAAAACUCAGGAAGAAAAGUUACUGAGUCCUUCUCGUAAAGCAAAUGACUCGGUUAAGGAGAAACGCACAUCUCGACAACGUUCUACUGGUGCAAGCACCACAAAGAAGCAAGUACACACACGAUAUGCCAGAACAAACAAUGUCAGUCAAAAACUAGCUCCCAAACCACAAAUCGAUGCCAUUCAAGCAAAAUGUAAGACUGUUACCCUGCCUGGGUUUGAAUCGCGCAUAAACGUACGUCCAACGACAAUCGAAAGUUCUGCUGGGCUAAACUGGAGUAAACAAAUACAAGGUGUUAAGCUCCCUGCGGUUGUCGGUAUGCAAAAAUCACGUUGCAUCGGAAGAUCCUCCAUAUCCACGCAUACCCCUGCACCUCCCAUCGGAAGGUCAUCCAGCUCCACGCAUACUCCUGCACCUCCCAUCGGAAGGUCAUCCAGCUCCACGCAUUCCCCUGCACCUCCCAUCGGAAGGUCAUCCAGCUCCACGCAUUCCCCUGCACCUCCCAUCGGAAGGUCAUCCAGCCCCUCGCAUACCCCUGCACCUCCCAUUGAAAGGCCAUCCAGCUCCACGCAUACUCCUGCUCCUCCCAUUGGAAGGACAUCCAGCUCCACGCAUACCCCUGCAACUUCCAUCGGAAGGUCAUCCAGGUCAACGCAUACCCCUGUACCUCCAAGGACUAAGAAUGAAGAAAAGAAACGGUUUUCGCGGAAAUACAAAACCAAUGACAGUUUAAAUAAAUUGGAUAGAUAG